AUGAGUGGCCCUCUUUACUGCGUUCUUAACGUUAUCUACUUCCUCAUCAGAGCACAUGUGGUCGUUUCGCAUAUGUUUGCACAGACCUUCUUCAAUCAAGCUGCGGCUACAGUGGAUCGUAAUGUUCUCAUCAUCUGUGAUCGUGGUGGAAUGGAUCCUUCUGCUUACAUUGAUCGUGAGUCCUGGCUUAGAAUGCUAAAAGAAAUUGGAGUGGAGGAGUUCGAUCUUCUUAACAACCGCUACGAUCAGCUCGAUUAUAUCCUGACGAGGAAGUUCCUCAGUAAAAACUUUCCUCAAAAAUCUAGAACUGUUUGUGACGUCGCAUUCUGCUCUGACCAGCGUCCAGUUCAAGAGUUCCGUGAAAGAAACCGAGGAGUUCCUCUUCAACUGAAAAUCGAUAUGGCAGGUCUGAAAGAUGAAGAAUAUUUAUGUUGGAGUGCGGACAAGGAAGAUGCUCAGCGAUGCACAAAGUGCACUCAAUACGCUGUCAAGGAAACGCUACGGGUCUAG